GUACGUGCUUGAGCCUGCCCGAAAAUGUUCUCCCGUGUUGCUGAAUUUCGAAGGAGUGCAGGACUUUGCGGCGAAAUAAUACAGUUUUAUCGGUGAGGAACGCCGAAGCUGACCGCAUGUUUCGCAGCUGAAGCCCUCCGCGGCCCCAUUUGCUGGUGAAGGUUGUGCUUUCGGGCCGCCCCGAGGGAAAGUUUGAGCGAUCCUUUUUUCCUCCCGGAGUGAUGUCGAAUCCUGGGAAUCGGAGAAACGGGUCCAGCAUCAAAAUCCGACUGACAGUCUUAUGUGCCAAGAACCUAGCAAAGAAAGACUUCUUUCGCCUACCGGAUCCUUUUGCUAAGGUGGUGGUAGACGGAUCAGGUCAAUGCCACUCCACAGACACAGUAAAGAGCACACUGGACCCCAAGUGGAAUCAGCACUAUGACCUCUACAUCGGAAAGACAGACUCAAUCACCAUCAGCAUAUGGAACCACAAGAAGAUCCAUAAACGUCAGGGGGCAGGCUUUCUGGGCUGCAUACGACUGCUUUCUAAUGCCAUCAGCAGGCUAAAAGAUACAGGAUACCAGCGUCUAGAUCUAUGCAAGCUGAACCCCUCUGACAGUGACGCAGUGAGGGGGCAGAUUGUAGUGAGCUUACAGACGCGGGACCGGAUUGGAAGCGGAGGUCAAGUAGUGGAAUGCCGAGAACUGUUAGAAAAUGAAGGGCCUGUUUUUGAGGGAUGUUUCAGCGAAGAGCCGCUGCCCUAUUCCGACCCCACCGGCGCUGCUGGGGGCUGGCACUGCCGGCUGGAGUCACCAGUUCAGGAGGGCCGUCUGCAGAGCCAGCGAAUCAGGGGGCAGGACUCCAGAGGUCAUGGCCACACCCCUCAGAACCGACCUCAUGGACAUCAACCGCCUGAUUUACCGGAGGGAUAUGAGCAACGGACGACUGUGCAGGGCCAGGUGUACUUCCUUCACACACAGACAGGGGUCAGCACCUGGCACGACCCUCGGAUACCACGGGAUCUGGCCAGUGUGAGCUGCGAGGAGCUCGGCCCGCUGCCAGUGGGCUGGGAAGUCAGGAGCACUGUGUCCGGCCGCAUCUACUUCGUGGACCACAACAACCGAACCACGCAGUUCACCGACCCACGCCUGCACAACAUAAUCAGCCACCAAUCCCAAGUGAAGGAAACAUCCCAGCCCCCACCCAUGGAUGUGGGGGUGGAUGAGGGGGGAGGCGGAGGGGUGAGCAGCGGAGGAGAGGGAGAAGUGGCGGUGCGCUACGAGCGAGACCUGGUGCACAAGUUGAAGCUGCUCCGCCAUGAGCUAUCGCUGCAGCAGCCUCAGGCAGGACACUGUCGCAUCGAGGUCUCCCGAGAGGAGAUCUUUGAGGAGUCGUAUCGGCAGAUAAUGAAGAUGAGGCCAAAGGACCUGAAGAAACGGCUGAUGGUGAAGUUCAGAGGAGAGGAGGGCCUCGAUUACGGAGGAGUGGCCAGGGAGUGGCUGUACCUGCUGUGCCAUGAAAUGUUGAACCCCUACUACGGCCUCUUCCAGUACUCCACUGACAACAUCUACACACUACAGAUCAACCCUGACUCCUCCAUCAACCCUGACCACCUGUCCUAUUUCCACUUUGUGGGCCGUGUGAUGGGCCUGGCUGUCUUCCACAGCCACUACAUCAACGGCAGCUUCACGCUGCCCUUCUACAAGCAGCUGCUGGGCAAACCCAUCCAGCUCAACGACCUGGAGACCACGGACCCAGAGUUGCACAAGAGCCUCGUCUGGAUACUAGAGAACGACAUCACCUCUGUUCUAGAUCACACAUUUUGUGUGGAGCACAAUGCCUUCGGGAAGUUCUCCCAACAUGAACUCAAACCAAACGGCAGAAAUAUUCCCGUCACAGAGGAGAACAAGAAGGAAUAUGUUAGAUUAUAUGUGAACUGGCGGUUCAUGCGUGGGAUUGAAGCCCAGUUUCUGGCGCUACAAAAAGGAUUCAGUGAGCUGAUCCCACAGCACCUCCUUAAACCGUUUGACCACAAGGAACUAGAGUUAAUAAUCGGUGGACUUGGAAAGAUCGACCUGGCAGACUGGAAGGCCAACACCCGCCUGAAGCACUGCAGCGGUGAAAGCAACGUGGUGCGGUGGUUCUGGCAGGCCGUGGAGGCCUUCAGCGAAGAGAGGAGAGGGCGCCUCCUGCAGUUUGUCACAGGCUCCACUCGGGUGCCCCUACAAGGGUUCAAAGCGCUGCAGGGCUCUACAGGUUCUGCAGGACCGAGGCUCUUCACCAUCCAUUUGAUAGACGCCAACACAGAGAACCUCCCCAAAGCUCACACAUGUUUUAACAGGAUAGAUAUCCCUCCCUAUGAGUCUUACGAGAAACUUUACGAGAAACUGCUGACAGCCGUGGAGGAGACCUGUGGCUUUGCCGUGGAGUGAUGAAUCCACCGCCAGGACAAAGACGCACACAGUCACACCUUGCUUGCACUUGCACACCAACUAAACAACGUUUUCCAUAUAUGCACACAUGAACUGGAUUCUAAGUGUACUGCAGAGUAUACAGAACAGCCAAGCAUUACAAGAACACACGGCGCCUCUUGUCACCUCGGCUCCACCGAACCGACGGCGGUGAAACGAGGAAGCACAGCAGGAGGAGGGAGGGGUGGGAUUUUAAAAUUUUUCAGAUAUUUUCAAGAAGCAUUUUUAUUCUUCAGUUUUAACAAGCUAUGAUGUCACUCUGGAGAAUGUGGAACCACGGCAAAUUUGACUCAAGUGGCACCCGAGUCUCCGGGUACAAUCAGCCAAUCGCAUUCGAGCCUGCGGACUCUGGAUUGAGGCGUGCGGAGAACAAGGCGGGGAGCGAUUGUCUCAGUAACGAGCUGAUUGAUUGACUAGUAGUCAUGCUUCAUGUUUAACCACUGAUGCGUGUCUUUGUCUCCGUCUGCAUGUGAGAGAGUGGGAUUUUUGUAUGUGUGUGUGUGUGUGUGUGUGUGUGCAUGUGUGUCAAGCAUGGCACUCAGUUACGCUGUAAAGAUCAUAAAAUGAGCCUGGUCCUCCAUUUGGUAACCUUUUUGUCUCUUCCGUUUGAACUUGUGACCACUCUGCUUCUUUCUGAUGUUUUAUUAUUUAUUACUAAAUGAUUACUGACCAAGCUGCUAUAUGCUCUGCAAUGAGCCCUCACAAUCGCAGCUCAACCUACCGGAGCUGAAGGGUCAAUUCUCAAGCAAUUCAAGUCAUCCACAAAGUGGAUUUUAUUGAGCUCUGUUACUUUUAACAUUCAUGUUACUGUGGAGAAAUACUCUCAUGUUGUUGGUGUAUUAAAACACCAAGUUACAUUUUCUGACGUGCAAAGGAACAGGCUUUUCCCAGCUACAAUUAGAGAAAUAACACUAAUCUGACAUUUUUAAUAUAUCAAAAGGUAUGUCCUGCUAUUUUAUGGGUUAUUAUUAUUGUUUUUAAUAAGAAUGAACCUCAAGAUGCAAAAAAAAGCCACUUUGUUUGUAAAAAAAAAAAAAAAAUCCCAUAAACCUUUUUUAAAUGUCUUUUAACGCCCAUAUUCCCGUCUUUUUAAUUGUCUUAAAAUAAUGAUUUCCUUUCUGCAGCCCUGAAUGUUAGGAGUUUUCAUCCUGUUUUAAGACCACAAUGAAUGAAAAGCUUUUCCACCAUUUAAACUCCAUAGAAGAGAAUGAAAUCAAAUUUUACUGAGCAAGAAACAGGUGGGGGAGGGAGUUCUGUUGUAGAUUGAAGACUGUUAAGCAGUGUUAUUUCAAUCUGCAUUUUUUAUGGUCUAAUUUCACUGUGUAAUGGAUGCAAAAGUAUUGUAACUUACAAUGUACUAAACAUUUAUGAAAAAAUACAAUGUAAAUAAGAU